UCACAUUCUCCGUCAGCUUACGAGGAGUGACUCUGGAAUGAACACUAUAAGGCCGUCCACUCCUCGUUUGUCCGCCUUGCUUCGCAAGAAACCGUUUCCCAUGCCUUCUUCGGGGCCACCUUUACCGCCCGGCAUACUCGUUGAUGAAGAGAUCUCGCCAGUGUACGACUCCAAGUACUUCUACCCAGCGAAGCCUGGAGAGGUACUCGCCAAUCGAUACCAAACCCUAGUCAAGGUUGGCUGGGGCGUGUCUUCAACAGUAUGGCUCGCGCGUGAUUUGCAAGGGCAUAUCGAAAAGCCAGAGAGCGUCGUGGCACUGAAAAUCGCCAAUAACAAUGCGAGUUCCGCUGGUCAUGAGCGCGGGGUUGAAGAGCACAUUUCCACCGCAGACCCAUCACACCGCGGCCGCUAA